AUGGCAUCGGCGUACAGCGCGUACCAUGGCGCCGCCAGCGCCUCCCAGUUCACCAUCACGGCUUUGGGCCGCUGGUCCAGCAUCUCCAAGCAGCUGCCGCCGGCGGACAAGAUCAAGGCUUUGCACGUCUACGACUUUGACAACACCCUGUUCAAGACGCCGCUGCCCAAUCCCGCCAUCUGGAACGGCCAGACCCUAGGGACCCUCGCCAGCCAAGACGUCUUUGUCAACGGCGGAUGGUGGCACGACAACAAGAUCCUCGCCGCGACCGGCCAAGGCCUAGACAUAGAAGAGCCGCGCGCGUGGCAGGGAUGGUGGAAUGAGACCGUCGUGGACCUCGUCAAGCUCACCAUCAAGCAGCCCGAUGCCCUGUGCGUCCUGCUGACGGGCCGCUCCGAGAGUGGCUUCGCCGAGCUCGUCAAGAGAAUGGUGGCGGCCAAGGGCCUCGACUUUGACAUUGUCGGCCUGAAGCCGCAGGUCAGCCCCACGAACCAAAAGUUUCAGAGCACCAUGCAUUUCAAGCAGCUGUUUCUCAAUGCCCUCAUGGAGACGUACAAGCAGGCGAGCGUCAUCAAGGUCUACGAGGACCGCCCAAAGCAUACCAAGGGCUUCCGCGAAUUCUUCGCCGAGUUCAACAGGCGCCAGGGCUAUGCGCGCACGCGUGGUGAGAUCGAUGCCGAGGUGAUCCAGGUCGCUGACCAGUCGACGACGUUGGACCCCGUGGUGGAGGUGGCCGAGGUGCAAAACAUGAUCAACCUGCACAACCAAGCCCUGGCCAAGAAGCCGAAUGACUUGCGGCACAAGCGCCUGCGCAUCAAGAAGACCGUCUUCUUCACGAGCUACAUGAUCAAUCCCGACGAUGCCAAGAAACUUGAGGAGCUCGUUCAGUACCCUCCGGGCGUCCAGGACCUGAGGCAUCUUGGGAAUAGCAUCCUCAUUUGCCCUCGCCCGUGUCCCGCGAGCAUCCUCGAAAAGGUCGGCGGCAUGGGCAGCAAGAUGCUGUGGGAGGUGACGGGGACUGCGUGUCUCGACAACAACCUGUGGGCCGCCCGGGUCCGUCCGGUCCCAGCUACCGCAGUCUAUCACACGGACAACCCCGUGCCGCUCGUUGUCCUGGCACUCAGGAAAGGUGCGAGGCCGGUGGAUGCUGGGCGGAUCACGAAGUGGGAUCCUAUUCCUGCAAACAGCUCGUUCGUCUUUGAGAGUACAGUUGGAGAGAAGAUCAUCCUGCGAGUCGAACGCGAGGAUCCCAAGGAGGAUGAGUACGAAAGCCUGUUUGCCAACAAGGCUUCGAAACGCAAGCAUGCUGGCGAUGAUGACUGGACUCCGCGGCACACGCACGGCCAAUACGGCGGCCGAAACGAGUCGAGAGGCUACCACACGGGUCGGGGAGGCGGCCGCGGUAGAGGCGGCGCCCCAAACCGUGGCCACCGAAACAACCCGAGAGGGGGCGGCAGAGGUGGACGCGGUCGAGGCGGCGGCUUCCACAACUACCGGUCACUCGACGACGUCGAACCUAAGAACGAUCAAGGCGGUUAUGGUCCUCAGGUUGAUUAUGACGAUUCCUACCCACCGCUGAGCAACGUUCCGACGGGACCGCGCGGCUACGUCGCCGCGCAGCAGGCCGCCGCCUCGGGCGGACAGGCCGGGAAUGCCGCCGACCUGCAGACUUACUACUAG